UGAUUGCACUGUGCUUCGUUUAGUUAUAGCUACACUCUCGUCAAGACAGUUCAUAGUCGAGUUGCCAAAAUGUGUGGGGAAAUGGGUAAAGCUGUGCUGAGGGCGCUCACUGGGGCGUUGCUGUGUGGUCUAGUAUCCGACGCUGCGUAUCUACAACAAUACGAUCCAUAUGAAACGCACUACGAGCAAGCCAUCAUCCGUCCUAAGCCACUGCGUGAACACGAGAAGCCACAGGACCUUCGCAAUGUACCUGGUACGCCAGGAGUCGACUUUCCUAUAUACCACAGCGUGCCAGACACGAGCUUCUCUUGUGACUAUGUACCUGUGAGACCUGGCAUGUAUGCUAACGUAGAAACUGGGUGCCAGGCUUACCAUGUGUGCCAUGAUGGUCGCGAGGGUCAGCAAGGAGCCUCUUUCCUAUGUACAAACGGAACACUCUUUGACCAGGCCAAGUUCGCCUGUGAUUGGUGGUACAACGUCGAUUGUUCUAAGGCCAUCACACUUUACAAGUUGAACGCAGAUCCUUACCACAACCCAUUCAUACCUAAACCCAAACCAGAAGAACACGAAGAAGUUCCGGCCCACGAACUCCGCCCAUCCCACGGACUCCGUCCAUCCCAUGGAAUUUACUACAGAAAGAUCUAGAAAUAAGCAAAGAAGAAAACAAAUCGCCAUUAUCGUAGGAAAUGUAACAUUAAGUUAUUUGGAAAACCCA